ACUACUAGUUUUGACAACCGACAUUGAAAAAAAAAAACAAUUAUUAAAAAUUAGGAGAUGUUAGGAAAGCAUAUCACAAGAAUUACAUUUCUUCAUUCUUUGCGACGAAAACGGCUACAAAACAGACGAGGAAGAAUAAUGUAGCAACUUAUUGGAAAAUGGCGAAAAAUUUAAGCUUUGAUAACGAAAACAUUCCUAGGGCAACCGGUUCGCCGCCCACAACAUCAACAACAACCACCAAUGCCACCCACCAACACUCAAUGCAGCAGCAACAGCAAACUACAUCAACCGGCAUACAUUUGACCAGCUACAGCACUUCCUGUGCCGGUUGUUUGAAUGCUUUGAACAUAAGUCGUGAGGAAUUCGUUAUUGCUUUGGGUCAAGAAUGGCAUAGCGAUUGUUUUCGGUGUUCCGUUUGUGAUGCUCAUUUACACAAUUGGUAUUUCGAAAAGGAUGGUCUACUCUUUUGCCGUGAUGAUUACUAUCAACGUUUUGGUGAAUGUUGUCAACAAUGCAGUGCCAUUAUAACUGGUCCUGUUAUGGUAGCUGGUGAUCAUAAAUUUCAUCCAGAAUGUUUUUGUUGUAGUGCUUGUGCAAUAUUCAUAGGUGAAGGUGAAGCAUAUGCUUUGGUGGAACGUUCUAAACUCUAUUGCGGCAAUUGCUACAAACAGCAAGAAACACAUACAGUGGUGAGUGAUUUGAAUGCGCUCAGCGCUGGUACGGCUGGUAGUGAUCAGAAAAUCGGGAAUAAACAUACAAAUGCAAUAAACGCUAAAGCAAAACCCAUACAUUCCAUACGACUGGUGGAGAUACCCAAAGAUGCAGCGCCAGGUCUGCGUCUCUCUGUGGAUAAUGUAAGCGUGCAACGGCAUUAUUUGGAUGGCGGCAGUGGUGGUAGCGGUGGCACUGGUAGUGGUGCCGGUGCGAACGCAUUCCGUGUACACUCACCAACACAUGCUAAACGCUUAGAUGGCCCACUCGAAGUAUGUCCGGCCGUGCGCAUUUCUGAAUUCAUUUGUAGAAUAUAUGGUCGUGUUGGAAAAUAUGUUUUCUCCUUUAUAACAUCGGUUAUCGAUCAGUGUUGUGGUAGCGAUUAUAGAAUUGACGUGAACUUAGCGAACCUACACAUUGGCGAUCGCAUCUUGGAGGUGAACGGCACACCCGUCAACGAUUCAUCCAUCGAACACAUCGACAAAUUAAUACGUAGCACCGAGAAAAUCCUUCAACUGACUGUCGAACACGACCCGGUGCAGGUGUGUCGCAGCUGCAGUCAAGCCGAUAUUGUGCAAAGGCCCACAUCCUACAGUGAUCUACCGCCAUUGGCCACCUCAGCGUCGAGCAUUGAAGUUUACGGACGACGCAGCGUUACCGACUCGCUCACCGGCAGCACAAGUACCAGCACGAUCGCACCACACAGCAACAGCAGCGAUUGUGGUAGCGGCGGCAGCUCACCUACACGCCUUACCAAGCAGGAUAGAGAGCGAAUUUACAAGCGCAAGGACGAGGGUUAUAUAAGCGGCACAAAGACACGUCAAUUACGCAAAUGCAAGAAUUUGAAUAUGAUUGCUAGUGAACAACACGCAUUACCACACGCAGGCUCCACACACUCCAUAGGACCCACAACGAGUAGUGCGAUUGGUGCCAACACCACUGCGGCCGCAACGGCGGCAGAUCCCACACAGCUGGGCAUGCGUUUGCGCGAGAAGGAACGUUGCUCGAGCAUGUCGAAGCUGUUGGACGAACAACAUGCGCCCACCGAACAGAUUUACGAUCUUUCGCGCACGAAGUCGUUUCGCGUGGAGCCAAAACCGCAACGCAUCUUUCGUGCAUCCGAUCUUGUCUUGGGCGAACUGCUCGGUAAGGGCUUCUUUGGGCAAGUGUACAAGGUGACGCAUCGCCUGACAAAGGAAGUGAUGGUGUUGAAGGAGCUGUAUCGCGUGGAUGAAGAAGCGCAGCGUAACUUCCUGAAAGAGGUUGCGGUGCUGCGUUCGUUGCAUCACAAAAAUGUGCUUCGUUUCAUCGGUGUGCUGUACAAGGACAAAAAAUUGCAUUUGGUUACGGAGUAUAUUGCGGGCGGUUCGCUUAAGGAGCUCAUACACGAUUCAGGUUUGCCGCUCGUUUGGCCGCAGCGUGUCUCAUUCGCCAAGGACAUCGCUUGCGGUAUGAGUUAUUUGCAUCGCAUGAAUAUUAUACAUCGCGACCUGAAUUCGUUGAAUUGCCUCGUGCGCGAAGACCUUUCGGUGAUUGUGGCCGACUUUGGUUUGGCGCGCAUCAUUACGGCGCCGUUCUACAGCGCUGGUAGUAGUAGUGGCGCUGGCGCUAGCGGUUUGUUGGGCAGUAGUAGUAGCAGCGAACGUUGGUCAGGCGGCGCGUGUCUAAGUCCAAAUGGCACUCUGGGACGCAGCAAGAGCCGACAACGUAGGCAGCGCUAUACGGUUGUGGGUAAUCCCUACUGGAUGGCGCCGGAAAUGAUGAAAGGACUCAAGUAUGAUGAGAAAGUGGAUGUGUUCUCUUUCGGCAUCGUGCUGUGCGAGAUUAUCGGACGCGUGCAAGCCGAUCCAGACUUUUUGCCACGCACUUCUGACUUUGGCUUGAAUCAGAAAGUAUUCCGCGACAAGUUUUGCCAACAGUGCCCAGAGGCUUUUUUCAAAAUCGCCUUUCUUUGCUGUGAUCUCAAUCCAGAUAAAAGACCGUCCUUUGAAAUACUCGAAAUAUGGUUGGAAAACCUACUUGCCUCCGCUGCCAUGAAUCAGUCGUUGCCUUCCGAGUUGUUGUACGACAUUGAAAAUUAUAAGGGUACCAUCAGCAUUAGCAGCACACCGGAUGGCAUGCUGACGCCCAAGUCGAAUCGUAGUCGUGAUGAUCUGGACGAAGUGGGCGACACACAACGCAAACAAACGCCGCCGAAACCCGAAAUGCCCGCAGUGACUGCCGCACAACCGACGAUAUGCGAAGAGAGCCUUAAAGAAAACAUCGACUUUAGCAGUGAUGUGAUUAAAGCGGAGGGUAAAGAGAAUGCGGUUAUUCUGCGCAGAGAUAUGCCGAAAUCGCCACAUUUGGGUAAAGACUUUUCGCCCACAGGCGAACGCAUACGCGAUAGCAUGCGCGCACGUCGACGCCAAAGGCUGAUGCAGGCUGCUCAACAACGCGGUUCGACACCGGAGAACAAGUGCACCGAUCGUGUGCUAGAAGCUGUCAAGCAAACUCUGCAGAAUGGCGCACCGCUGAGCAGCUGUAACGGUAAUGGUGGCACAAAAAAGAGUCGUCCCUACGGCGAGAAGGGUUUUCUUUUGGACAUCAAUCGCGACGGCGAUUUACGGCUGAAUAAUGUGAAAGACUUGAAUUAUUGCUCAGAUUUCGACUCGAGUUGUGACACGAGCCUGAACUACCAUGAGGUUAAUGCGACGGAUGAUAUAAAGGCGUUGGAGUGCGAAAUCCCUGCCGCGCAGCUGAUAAACCGACCGGCGGUUUUGCGCGAAGAGUGCGCGGAGGAAGAAGUACAAAGUCGUAGCGAGGCGUUGAAAGAUGCGGUGCCUACCACGUUACUGGAUGCAGAAAUGCAGCCAACCGCUGAACCGGCAACGUCUGUGCAAUCAGAGGUGGCGCCAUCAACCAGCGAAGAGGUUGAUGCCGCGUCGCUCAGCACCAUGCAGCAGAUACAGAAAAAGAUUGCGGCGAAGUCCUAUCGCACCGCUCUCGACGAUAUACGUACAAAGUUGAAUUUGUGUCGUAAUAAAUUCGACACAAUCGACGCGGCGAACAGGCGUAAUUUCAGCAACUCGCAAAACUCAAUGAAGGCCUUCUUCCGUUCGCGUAACGCACGGUCCACAGUAACAAGCCCUACAGAGUCUACAAGCGCCGGUGAAAGUGUGUACAAAACGCCACCCGAGGCACUGAAAAUGUUUCAGCGCUUGGAAGCGGAAAGCGCUGCUGCAUCGCCUACUUCCACGCCAACCAGCGAAUUAGCGCGCCUACCCGGUCAGAGUUUUGUCGCUGCCGCUGGUAACAGUAACAGCAGCACUUAUCGUAUCAAUCAAACGCCCAUCUUCGGACGCAAACCGCCUCCCAGACAAGUCGAGCUGUAUACACCACACGCUGAGUCCAUGGAGAAUCUGCACACAGGCUUGCCGCCCAUGACCGUGUCAACGCCAGAGCCAACGCGCAAAGACAAGAGCAGUCCCGGCAGUGCUAACAAGCGCAUGAAGUCGCCGAAACGUCCAGUAAGUACAUUUCGUAGUUAUCUCAAUGAGGCUGCUGCGGACGAAAAAGUGGCAUUGCCUACGCGUCAGGCGGGUGCAACUGUUGCGGCGGCGGCACCGAUGCCGGUGGAGACGACGCCUAAAAAGAAUCGUCGUCUUAAUAGCGGCAAAGAGAGUACAAAUGAACAGCGUUGGGAGUCGGAGAAACCCGAGAAGACAACAAUGGCGAGUAAAAGUCGCAUUUUUGGUUUUCGAAGUCCGGCAAAAUCAUCGAAUUCAUCGACAUCAGCAACGCCUGGAACGACGACGACAAAACAGGCGGUGCAACGGCGUACACUAUCGCCGACAAAAGCUAGCGACGCGCGUCGACUGGCCAGCAGACAAGAAGUGCAAAACACAGCACCCACCAUUCAACCGCAACGUCUGCGUCAAAGUCUUGCCAAUACCAGUAGUCAACAUAGCAAUUAUACAACAACAACUACACCAGCAAAGGCUAAAAGUACAACACGUCUUACAAUACUCAGUCCAGAGAAAGUGCAUCGGCUUAAUGCAAAAUUGACCGAUCAGAAGGUGAAGGUGAAAGGUGGCGAAACAAAAACUGCGGCUACAGUAGUGAGCAAUACAGCCAUUGUAGGCAAUAAUAAUGCUGAACAAGCUUUACAGCUGGAACGGCGUAAGCGUAAGCAGCUGACCACACGUUACUGAUUUAAUAAACGUAUUUUUUUUUUUUUGGAAACAAUAGACUAACCACGACGCUGUGUCGAGCGAAACAAUGAAAAAGCUAUAAAGCUAAUUUCUUAUAUGUAGAUUUAAAACGAAUUAAAACGAAGUGCGUAAACGAACCCUCAAUGUAGGUGAAAAUAAUUUGGAAAGUGUGUAAUAGAAUAUUUUCGAAGAAAUUGCUCAUUUUAUGGAAAAAAAAUAUAAAAUCGAAUAUUAUUGUAUAGCUUGUGAAUUGAAUAUUAGAUAAAAGUAUUUAUGAAAAUAAUAUAUAAAAUGAAAGCGUUAAAAGAAAAACGAAUGUAAGAGUGGUAUAUUUCCAUAUAUAUUUAUCGAAAGAGCGCUGAUACGAACGCCAUACGCCAUACGAGUAUAAAAUAUGUAAAAAAACUAAUCAAAUUAUUGAAUUAACAAUGUAAAUUGGAAUAAGCUAAAGCUGUAAACAAAUUAAAUAAUGUAUUACUAACAUUUAAAUGUUAGUUGAAAAAGUGCCUAAUUAUACAUAAAUAUAUAUAUAUACUAUAUGUAGCAAUAUAGAAUGCAAUAUGCUUUUUACGCAAUUAAUUAAUAUACUCGAUUCGAAAAAAUUACUAAACGUUAAAAAUCGUUUACCAUAAGAGUAUUAAAACAAGUAGUAAUACUAAACAUAACUGUUUCAAUUAAUUUUCGCGGCAGAGAUUCUGCACAAAAAUAAAAGAUAUUUGGUGAAGGAAAAAAAACACUUGAGAAACACAUAUUCACUACCUCACAAAAGACAUACUAAAUACUUGACUAUAUACAUACAUACAUAAACACAUAAUUUACUAAAAACAAAAAACUACUUUAAAAAAGUUUACCUAAAAAAAACAUACUAAACAUGCCAAUAAAUAAUAAAUAUUUGUGCUUUUUUUUAAUUCUUGCUACCAUCUAAACGUUAUUUGUUGCAAGCUUUUAGGCGUAAAUUGUUAUUAAUAACUAGUAUAUAGUAAAAGAAAAAACAUUUGAUUUUCCUUACUGCAUCGCUUAUAUACAAUUAUAUUGAAAAAAAUUAGAAACGAAAAAUGUAAUUCUACAAAAAAAUUUAAUUACGGGUAUUAAAAGCGCAGACAAAUUAUUCUAAAUAAAAUUUGUAAGCAUACAUAUACUAAAGUUUAU